AUGGACCGGACCUGGAGGAUCCUCUUCUUGGUGGCAGUAGGUACAGGUGCCCACUCCCAGGUGAAGCUGGUGGAGUCUGGGGCAGAGGUGAAGAAGCCUGGGUCCUCAGUGAAGGUCUCCUGGAAGGCUUCCAGAUACACCUUUACCAGCUAUGUUAUGCACUGGGUGCGACAGAAUCUUGGACAAGGGCUUGAGUGGAUGGGAUUUUAUGUCCACACCGUGGGGUCUGCACUGAUCUGGGCUUCCCUCCUCAUCACCCUCAAUAUUAGUGGCCUUUAUGAAUCAGGUCCAGCUGUGGCUGCUCCACAUGGGGCUGUUCUCAGUCUGUUCUCUCUGUUUGCAGAAGACCUGUGUGAAGUUCCCUGGUGGAGUCUGAGGUGGAAAAAUUUUGAUUCUACCGGUGCCCACAGGACACAAAAUUUAAUGUCUCCCACAUGUAGUGAAUGGGGAUUCAGCAUUGAAAGGAGCUGCUGUUCUUCCUCCUCAGUCAACACCACAGGAGAGCAGUGUGAGGUGCACCUGGUGGAGUCCGGGGGAGGCUUGGCAAAACCUGAGGAGUCCCUGAGACUCUCCUAUGCAGCCUCUGCAGGAUUCACCUUCAGUAGCUACUACAUGAACUGUGUCCGCCAGGCUCCAGGGAAUAGGCUGGAGUGGGUUAGACAAGUUAAUCCUAAUGGGGGUAGCACAUACCUCACAGACUCCGGGAAGGGCCGAUUCACCAUCCCCAGAGAUAACGCCAAGAACACACUUCAUCUGCAAAUGAACAGGCUGAAAACCGAGAACACAGCCAUGUAUUACUGUACACAGUGAGGGGAGGUCAGUGUGAGCCCAGACACAAACCUCCCUGCAGGGCUAUGCAGGUUUCCUUUCUCAUCUGCAGGAGG